ACUUCCCGUCUGCUACUUUUCUCCCUGACACGUAGCAGCUACUGUCAAGUUGGCAGGGCUCUGGUUAGAGUUGUCCGCUGUUAUACAGAGUAAACAAUGUCAGGGUUUGAUAACUUCAACACAGACUUUUACCAGUCCAGCUACAGUGUAGAUGACCAAAGCCAGGGUGGCUAUGGCUACACCAACUCUGAAAACCCCUACAACAAGCCGUACGGUCAGUAUGAUUACUCCCAGCCUAUGGCCUAUUCUACCCCGGGAAUGAUGCAGCCUCAGCAGCCGUACACAGGACAAAUCUUCCAGCCCACACAGACCUACAACCCAUCCACGUCACAGUCCAUGUACAGUAACAGCUUCGAUGAUGAGCCACCACUGCUAGAAGAAUUAGGCAUCAAUUUUGACCACAUCUGGCAGAAGACUCUGACGGUGCUCCAUCCAAUGAAAGCAGCAGAUGGAAGCAUCAUGAACGAGACAGACCUGGCUGGCCCGAUGGUCUUUUGUUUGGCCUUUGGGGCAACACUCCUUUUGUCAGGUAAAAUCCAGUUUGGUUAUGUGUACGGCAUCAGUGCGAUCGGCUGCCUCGCCAUGUACUGCCUGCUCAACCUAAUGAGCAUGACAGGCGUGUCGUUCGGCUGCGUGGCUAGCGUUCUGGGAUACUGCCUCCUCCCCAUGAUCCUCCUCUCCAGCUUUGGWGUCGUCCUCUCAUUACAGGGUAUGAUGGGGAUUAUAUUAACAGCAACAAUCAUUGGCUGGUGCAGUUUCUCCGCCUCCAAGAUCUUCAUCUCAGCUUUGGCCAUGGACGGGCAGCAGUUAUUGGUCGCUUACCCCUGCGCUCUGCUAUACGGAGUCUUUGCACUCAUCUCUGUCUUCUGAAAAGAAAAGAACACAAUAAUCAUUGCACAACAGUUCAAAAUAACUGCUCACAAAUUUCUGUAAUUUCAGUCUAAUUAGCACUGUGUAAUUAGUGUAAUCAUUGGCUAAUUGCACAGUUGCUGCAGAAAAAUGGACGCUCCCAUCUAAAACAACACUUCUGUUUUUCUUUUUAAUAAGCCUCCUCCUCCCACCACAUUCCAAGUUGAAGGGUGGAGUGCAGCCUGACUCUCCUGAAGCUUGCUCCCUUCAUGCACCUAAAAGUAGAGGACUGUUCAACAGAUUUGGUGGAAGAUAACACCUGUGGACCACAUUGAGCCUUACAUGGGCUUAGUUCAGUCCAAUGAUUAUUAUUUUUUAUUUAAAGGACACAGAGCAAAAGGCAACCAAAAUAUUUACACAGUGGAGUCAGUGUAUUUUCGACACAUAAGGGGAAAACGUUCCUAAUUGUUUUACGAAGGACCAAGCUGAAAAAGAAGCCGUAAAUCAUGGUUUUAUUUUUCUAAGCCUUUUCUGGCAAACACCCACAGAUUCUACAAGAAAAAGACGAAGGGAAACACCUUUGUCAGACAACUUCUGCUCCUUUAUGUUUCAGAAGAGUAAAAAAAAGAGAUUGUUCUCCCAAAAAUACUUUUUUGGUCCAGAACUUUGGAGCAGUGAAGUCCACCAGUACCAUCAGAAAAACCUGCUAUAUCUUGUGAAAUUGAUUUAAAUUUUUUUGCUAAUUGUUUUGCACAGAAACAUUCUAGACUUCUCAACAAAUUUGAUUAGAUGAUGAGUAAUUGGUCCGAAACAUAGUUUAUUUGUCCAAACUCAGACAUUUUUAUAUAGUUUUUUGUCAUUUACUCCCUCGCAUCUUACCUAAUUUUAGAAGCUGUUCCCUCUGUAUGCUUUGAUGCCGUUUGUUGUUCCUGUCUUUUCAUGCACAUUAAAACUGGUUUUGAAGA